UGCCUCUUCAAAAGGAUACGCAAUAGUAAUGCGAUACGGGCGUUUGAUACAAGUGGAUACUCGGCUUUAAGCAUUUCGCACUGCACCAAAGCGGACUGUUGCAAGUCUCUCAUUGGUGGAGGUGUGAUAAAAAUGGGACUGGUAAGACAGUUGUGACUGUCAUAUCGAAUAUGUGCUCUGUAUGUAAGUAAAACGCAGAUCUAAUUUAAUUUAAUUUAUAUUUUUCCCGGUUCAGAAAAAUAGGAUGCAUUUUUGCAUCCGGGUGGCGUUCUUUAUGGACUUUACCGUCCCUUUUUGCCCAACGAACUCUGUCGGCCACGCGCUUAGGGGAUUGGCGCUACAGCCAACACUCUCCCGCGCAAUUUUGAAACUUCUUUAUGCUUACGCUAAUCGCUCUUUUACUUAAGUAUGUACAUUCUUUCUUUCGCUUUGCCCGUUACAUUUACUCUCUUACGCUUUUGCAUUACUUUUAGUUCUCGCUCGCUUCUUUACAUUCCCCUUUUAGUCGCCUCUUACGACAGGAAGGGGUUACCGUGGCCGUAUUCUACUCCCCCCGAGCCACAGGGGGCUGAUGCAGAUCUAAUCUCCCCUGGGGUUAUCUGGGACCCUCAAAAUCAUGACCCCUUCAGAGCAAAGGCAUGUCCAGUCUUUUUGUAUCUGUAGUCACCGGUUUUCGUUUCAUCAGUUAAGGUUAGAUCAGGUCAGGUUAAUUUUUGCAAUGUAAAGUUACUGAUGCAUUAUAACUGCUUCAUUAUUUUGAAUAAACAUAUAUUCAGGUUUUUGAUUAUGAUCUUUAUCAACCUACUUUAAUUAUUUUUUAUAUGCUUAUGUGUAUGUAUUAAAAAAUUUGUUAUGAAGACAUGUCAGAUGCUUUUGAGGAAAUUCAAGCUCUUAAAAUAAAAAGGAACAGUUUAAGGGAAAAAUUGCAAAAGAGAAAACGUGAGAGACAUGAAUUAUUCACUCUUACUUCUGCAACACCAAUAUCAUCCACCUUAACUAAUGAAUCAUCCCUUGGUAGUGAUGUAGCUGGACACUCACAACGAUCAGAUCACAGUGAAUAUGAAAGGGAUGUUUUAUGCAUUUUACAUGAGUCAUUACCUAAUUUACCUAUCACAUCUGCAGAAUUAAUAGAUCAACUUCGUAAGAAUCUUAAUGCAGAUGUAUGUUCUACAGACAUCCAUAAAAUUUUAGAAAAGCUUGCAGCACAAGAUAUUGUUAAAAUCAAAGAAGUGACAGAGAAUGGUGUUUUUGGAUAUACAGUAUUAUCGGUGAUAGAAUCACAAUCAUCAUAUCAAUCUCAAUCAGAUGAUACAGAGAAUCCAGAGAGCGCAGAAACAUCUGCAUCUGAGUUAAAUGACUACAUGCCUGCAGAAAAACAGCCCAAAUUGGAUAAGAAAAAUACUGAAGAUAUAAUGUCUCUGAUAUCGAUGCCUACAAUCAGAGAGAAAGAAAAUAAAAAGGUUGGAGAACAAAUUUUGGAUUUAUUAUCAAAGCAAACGUCUAAAGAAAAGUCAUUGGCCGAACGAUUUCGAUCUCAAGGAGGAGCUCAAGUUAUGGAAUUCUGUCCUCAUGGCACAAGAGUAGAUUGUGUCAAGUUGAAUGGUGGGCCAGGAUUUGCCGAAAAAUGCAAGAAACUCCAUUUCAAAAAAAUUAUUCAAAGUCACACGGACGAAUCUUUGGGUGACUGUAGUUUUCUUAAUACUUGCUUCCAUAUGGAUACAUGCAAGUAUGUUCAUUAUGAAGUAGAUGGACCAACAACUCAACCAAAAGAAUCGAAUGAAACGGACAAUGUAAAUAGUACUACAGUGACUAAAGGCUUAACACUAGAUAGUAAGAACGGUAAUAGUACUACUUGCCCAACUCCUGGUGGAUCUUUAGGUAGUGAAUUGACUCUGUACCCACCGCAAUGGAUACAGUGUGAUUUACGAUAUCUUGACAUGACUGUAUUAGGUAAAUUUGCUGUUAUAAUGGCUGACCCUCCAUGGGAUAUCCACAUGGAGUUACCCUAUGGUACCAUGUCGGAUGACGAAAUGAGACAGUUGGGUAUACCUGCACUUCAGGAUGAAGGUCUUUUGUUUUUGUGGGUAACAGGGAGAGCAAUGGAACUUGGUAGAGAAUGUUUGCAAUUAUGGGGAUACGAGAGAGUGGAUGAAAUCAUAUGGGUAAAAACGAAUCAGUUGCAGAGAAUAAUAAGAACAGGUAGAACAGGUCAUUGGUUAAAUCAUGGUAAAGAACAUUGUUUAGUUGGUAUGAAAGGUAAUCCAAGAAUUAAUCGAGGUUUGGAUAGCGACGUUAUUGUGGCCGAAGUUCGUGCAACUAGUCAUAAACCUGAUGAAAUUUAUGGAAUUAUCGAACGUAUGAGCCCAGGAACGAGAAAGAUUGAAUUAUUUGGUCGACCGCAUAAUGUUCAACCUAAUUGGAUAACAUUGGGAAAUCAAGUAGACGGGGUUCAUCUGAUUGAUCCUCAGCUCAUUAAAGCCUUCAAAAAACGAUAUCCAGAUGGAAACUCAAUGAAACCCAGUAAACCUUAAUAAUCAUUUUAAACUAAUGUAAGAUAAAUAAAUAAUUAUUUUAUUAUAUAAGUUAUGAAAAUAAAACUAUUUGAUAAAAAUUUGAGACAAA